CCUAGAAGGACCAAAACGGUACUUCCGGGAAGGUGGCGGCUCACAAGUCGGAUCUGCACAUGUUUCCGCCGGGAGGACUCCGCAGUGACGGGAUGAUAAGUGACCUCUUCUUCUCUGGUGAAGACCUGAGGACAGUGACCCUUUUCUCAACAUGAAGGUCACCCCGGAGGUUAGGAGUCAUGGGAUGAAGUUUGCUGAGGAGCAGCUGCUAAAGCACGGAUGGACUCCAGGCAAAGGCCUGGGCCGGAAAGAGAAUGGCAUUACCCAGGCCCUCAGGGUGACGCUAAAGCAGGACACUCAUGGGGUGGGACAUGACCCUGCCAAGGAGUUCACAAACCAUUGGUGGAAUGAGCUCUUCAACAAAACAGCAGCCAGCUUGGUAGUGGAAACUAAGCAGGACGGAGUACAGAUAAGGCGCCUUUCUAAGGAGACCACCCGUCAUAAUCAUCCCAAGCCCAACAUGCUGUAUCAAAAGUUUGUGAAGACUGCCACACUGACCUCAGAUGGGGAGAAGCCAGACAAGGACUUGGAAAGCUGCAGUGAUGAUGACAACCAGGAGCCCCAGCCUUCAAAAAUUCUGACUGAUGAGAUGCUGCUCCAAGCCUGUGAGGGUCGAACAGCACACAAGGCUGCCCGUCAUGGAAUUACGAUGAAGGCUAAGCUUGCUCGUUUGGAGGCCCAGGAGCAGGCCUUCCUGGCUCGGCUCAAAGGCCAGGACCCUGGGGUCUCUCAACUGCAGACUGAGAGCAAGCCCCUCAAAAGAAAGAAAAAGCAGCAGAAAGAGGAAGAAGAGGCUACAGCAACUGAAAGGAAUGCAGACAAGGAGUAUCCAGAAUGUACUGACCAGAGCAUCAGGAAAAGCAAGAAGAAAAGACAACUUCAAGAUAGGAAAGAGGGGACAACUGUAGAGGAUGAGGAAGAGGUCACAGAAACAAGAGGGCUUGGGGAACUAAAGAGCAGAGAACAAACUGAUUCAUCCCACAGGAAAAGGAAGAAAAAGAAGAGGCAGCACCACAAAGAGGAGAAGCAGGGGGUCUUAGGUAGAGGAGGAGGUAAGGGGGGUGUAGGUGGUAUCAGAACAGAGAAGGUAGAGAGCCAAGCACACACUGAUUCACACAGCAGAAGCCAGAGGCAGUGGUGCGAGGAGGAAGACUUGAAUAUAGAGGAUAAAGAAGGAGGAAGCUGUUGUAGAUGGUUGGACCAGGGAAGCAGAAAGCAGAGCAUGCAGUGAUAAGAAACGCAGAAGCAAGAAAAGACGGCGGCAUCAGGAGGAGGGUGUCGUGGACAUAAGCGAUGGACAUGAGGAUGGCAGGACUAGGGAAGCAGAGAGCA